CGCGCGGAGAUCGCCGCCCGCGGCGCUGAGGGGACGGCAGGUCCCGGUGUGAGGGGAGCGGAGGGAGCGGAGGCGGCUCGUCGGGAUGGCGGCGGUGGCCGCGGCGGCGGCGGCCCAUAUGGCCGAUGUCAGCUGGAAGAUGAUGGAGCUGCGGGCUCGCACCAAGCGUUCAGUGUUGAAAAUUGCUGUAGCUUAGCCUGAGACGUUUGUGAUUAGCUGCACCACUUUGAAAUGGCCAGUUGGGAUGAUGACAGAACCUCACCUGCGCAUGCUCUUAUACAGUUUGGUUCAAUUUAUGAGCCACUUAAAAGUAUUAACCUCCCUAAACCUGAGGGGGAAAGUUUGUGGGAUAAAUUAGACCAUUACUACAGAAUUGUUAAGUCUACACUGCUGCUUUAUCAAAGUCCAACCACAGGUCUGUUUCCUACGAAGACAUAUGGAGAAAACCAGAAGGCAAAAGUACAUGACAAUCUUUACUGUGCUGCAUGCUCCUGGGCAUUAGCCCUUGCUUACAGGCGUAUUGAUGAUGACAAGGGAAGAACUCAUGAACUGGAGCAUUCUGCUAUAAAGUGUAUGAGAGGAAUUCUCUACUGCUACAUGCGUCAGGCCGAUAAGGUUCAGCAGUUUAAGCAAGAUCCCAAACCCUCUGGAUGUCUUCAUUCAGUUUUCAGUGCACAUACUGGAGAUGAGGUCUUGUCCCAUAAUGAAUAUGGUCAUCUUCAGAUAAAUGCAGUAUCGUUAUUUCUCCUCUACUUGGUUGAGAUGAUCUCUUCGGGGCUGCAGAUUAUCUACAACACAGAUGAGGUUUCCUUCAUUCAAAAUCUUGUGUUCUGUGUGGAAAGAGCCUAUCGUGUGCCCGACUUUGGUGUCUGGGAAAGAGGAAGCAAAUACAACAAUGGCUGCCCAGAGCUGCAUUCAAGCUCUGUGGGGUUGGCAAAAGCAGCUUUGGAAGCAAUUAAUGGUUUCAACCUCUUUGGAAAUCAGGGCUGUUCCUGGUCUGUUAUAUUUGUGGAUUUUGAUGCCCAUAACCGUAACAGACAGACUCUGUUUUCACUGCUGCCCCGAGAGUCAAGGUCUCAUAAUACUGAUGCAGCUCUGCUGCCCUGUAUCAGUUAUCCUGCAUUUGCUUUGGAUGAUGAGGUUUUGUUCAGUCAAACACUAGAUAAAGUUAUUAGAAAAUUAAAAGGAAAAUAUGGAUUUAAAAGGUUUCUGAGAGAUGGAUACAGAACAGCUCUAGAGGACAAAACACGUCGCUUUUAUAAACCAGCAGAAAUUAAGCUUUUUGAUGGCAUUGAAUGUGAAUUCCCUCUAUUUUUUAUUUUCAUGAUAAUUGAUGGAGUUUUUAAAGGAAAUUCUGCACAAGUUAAGGAAUAUCAGGAUCUUCUGGAUCCUGUGCUUCAACAUACAUCUGAAGGAUGUCCUGUUGUACCCAAGUAUUACUACGUGCCAGCUGAUUUUGUUGAACUGGAAAAGAAGAACCCUGGCAGUCAGAAACGAUUUCCUAGUAACAGUGGACGUGAUGGAAGGUUUUUCUUGUGGGGACAAGCAGUUUAUAUCAUUGCAAAACUCCUAGCUGACAAAUUAGUGAGUCCUAAGGAUAUUGACCCUAUUGGACGUUAUGUGCCUCCAGAAGAGCAGCGGAACGUUAGUAUGAGAUUUUCCAAUCAGGGACCUCUGGAAAAUGAUCUGGUAGUUCAUGUGGCCCUGAUAGCAGAAAGUCAACGCUUGCAAGUUUUUCUGAACACAUAUGGAAUCCAAACUCAGACUCCCCAGCAGGUGGAACCAAUUCAGAUAUGGGCUCAGAAGGAACUUGUCAAGGCCUACUUCCAUUUAGGAAUCAAUGACAAACUGGGAUUAUCCGGAAGACCAGACAGGCCUGUAGGAUGCCUUGGAACAUCAAAGAUUUAUCGAAUACUCGGAAAGACUGUCGUUUGCUACUCGAUUAUUUUUGAUCUAAGUGAUUUCUACAUGUCUCAGGAUGUUAUGAUGUUGAUUGAUGACAUUAAGAAUGCACUGCAGUUCAUUAAGCAGUACUGGAAAAUGCACGGUCGUCCGCUGUUUGUUGUACUUAUUCGUGAAGACAAUAUAAGAGGGAGCAGAUUCAAUCCAAUAUUAGAUAUGCUGGCAGCCUUUAAAAAGGGAAUUGUUGGAGGAGUGAAAGUUCAUGUCGACAGAGUGCAGACAUUAAUAUCUGGAGCAGUUGUGGAGCAGCUUGACUUCCUAAGAAUCACUGAAUCAGAAGAGGCUCCCGUAUUUAAGAGUUUGGAGGAGUUGGAUCUUCCAAAACAUUCAAAAGUCAAGAGACAAUCUAGUACUCCAAAUGCUUCUGAACUUGAGCAGCAACCAGACAUAAAUAUUAAUGACUGGAAAAACAAGUCAACCUAUGAGAUUCUGCAGAAACUCGAUGACUGCAAUUGCCUAGCAAGUCAAGCUCUACUUUUGAGCAUAUUGCUUAAAAGAGAAGGACCGAAUUUCAUCACCAAGGAAGGUACUGUUGCUGAACAUAUUGAAAGAAUCUAUAGACGAGCUGGCAGCAAGAAGCUCUGGUCUGUUGUGCGCUUCGCAGCAAGUCUUUUAGGUAAACUAGUGGACAGCCUUGCACCAUCUAUUACUAAUGUUUUAGUUCAGGGUAAACAGGUGACACUUGGAGCUUUUGGCCAUGAGGAAGUAGUUAUUUCUAAUCCCUUAUCCCCGGCAGUCAUUAAGAACAUCAUCUAUGAAAAAUGUCAGUUACAAGAUGAAAGGGAAGCUGUAGUUCAGCAAGAACUUGUCAUACAUAUCGGCUGGAUCAUCUCAAAUUCACCCGAGCUUUUCAGUGGCAUGCUGAAGAUACGGAUUGGAUGGAUUAUCCAUGCCAUGAAGUACGAACUGAAAUUCCGUGCUGGGGAUAUGCCAGCCAAGGACUUGUACCAGAUGUCCCCUAGUGAAGUGAAACAGCUUUUGUUGGAUAUUCUUCAGCCACAACAGCAGGGGAGAGGCUGGCUUAACCGACGACAAAUAGAUGGUUCUCUCAAUCGAACUCCUGCUGGAUUCUAUGACAGGGUGUGGCAAAUCUUGGAGAGAACUCCAAAUGGUUUAAUAGUAGCAGGGAGAUUUUUACCACAGCAACCAACCUUAUCGGAUAUGACGAUGUAUGAAAUGAAUUUUUCCCUCCUAGUUGAAGAUAUGCUGCAAGAUAUCGACCGGCCAGAAUACAGGCAAAUUAUUGUAGAGUUGCUGAUGGUUAUAUCUGUUAUUCUGGAGAGAAAUCCAGAGCUAGAGUUCCAGGACAAAGUGGACUUGGACAAAGUGGUACAAGAAGCAUUUCAUGACUUUCAGAAUGAUUACAACAGGCCAAAGGGAGCUGAACACCAAGAUGACAUGACUGCAUUCUACAACACUCAUCCAGUUGGAAAAAAGGGAACGUGCAGCUACUUGAGUAAGGCUGUGAUCCGUUUAUUGCUAGAAGGAGAUGUAAAAGCGAGCAAUGAUGAUCCUUGUACUAUUAGCUAAAGCUUCAAGCACGGUGUAGUAAUUGUUGCUUUAUUCAGUGUUAAACAUAUUUUCAGGCAUGCAUUAAAAUGCUGUUUUGCAAAGUAACCCUGGUUAGUAACACAAAGACAUACCGUCCUUUGCUGAAAGAAGUGCCAUUAGAGACACAAAGUGCCCCUUAUUUUGCAUUUCUCAACUAUGCAGCAUGAAAGCAUACUGAAAGCACACAAUGUUUGACUAAGUUGAAAGGCAUUGCACCUGUGAUCUUAAAUAGUGCAUCUACCAUAGCUGGUAUCUUAGGGAAAUAUAAUGUAAGAUUCUGCUUUUAUACCUCUAUUUAUUUAUAAUUACAAAGAAGUUUGUUGUUAAUUCUAAAUGAAAUUCACAAAGUACCGUAAUUAACAAAUGCAUCACAAACUACAACACUAUAAAACUGUGAUUUACUGUUUUUUCCUGAUUCAGCACACAAAACGGAUGUGAAUAAAAUAAUUACAAAUAAUUUAUAAUCAUGAAAAAAAAUACUUCUCUUCCAUUCACAGCAACCAUUCUGUUGUUUGGGUUUUAAAUUUCACCUUGAUAACGAUACACACAUUUCACUGCAAUGGAAUGACUUUAUUUUUUAAUCUCUGGCAAUAAACAUGACUACUUUCCUAAUUGUUCAGAUAUCUGCAUAAAGGGAAACACAUGACAGUAAGAGAAAAACCUGUGUGGUGUUUUAUAGCUUUUUUUAAUUUUUUUUUUUUUUAAGAAAGCAAGCAAGGCAAUGUAUUUAAAAUGAACAUCAGUGACAAAAACUCUCGAGCUGUCAAUGCAUGAAAGACUUCACAAUAAAUUCUUCUGUCUUCAGAAUGUGUGAAAAUACUGUAUGCUAAAUGCUUUAUUUUGAUAAAAGUUAAAAUAUAUCAAAUGCUUGUAAAAAAAUAAAAUAAAAAUACUUCAGAGUUACA